AUGGACCAUCUACUCACUCCAAAACAUCCAGCACGCCCUACGCCACGGGUCCGCUACUUCUGCCAGCAGGAAUAUGAUCGGGGGGACUUUCUGACGUACCCGGAGCGCAUGGGCUGGGUCGACGAGGGUGAUACUUGGUUAGAUCUCAGCGCAUGGUGCGAUGCAGACGAGGCGACAGCAUUUCUUCAACAGUGGCUGUUUUUCGGCUUGCUUCAUGAAUUCUUCGGGGAUUCCGCGGACUUUUCUGCAUUCAUCGAAACCGACGAGAACUCUGGAAUCCGAUAUGUUCAUACGAGGGAACUUUUACCGUUGGCUCGGGCAUUCAUGGAAACAGAGAAAGUCGACGAAGUGUUGUCCCUCAGGAAAUUCAACUUCAGGGCAUGUCUGAAAAAGACAUUCAGCGUUUACCAUGCCGUCACCGACGAGCAGGAGGAGUUUCUGGAUCCGUAUUUCCAACUUUCCUUGGUUGCCACGGCGCGGUUCCUAACCCAUGUAGCGAAACUGCUCUACCCCGAUGAAUUUGAGAUUUGGAACUGGACUCUUCCCUGCAUCAGUCUGGAUGAGGAUCGGCUUGCAAACGCGAAGAUUCAGGACCUAGAUGCCGACAUGGAUAUCCUUGGCGUGGAGAUGAUACAAUCGGGAUGGUGUCCCCGGCAAGUCGAGAAAGGAACCUACCACACCAAGCACGUUCAACCUGGUUGUGGGUGCGCAUGGCGGUCACUCGAUACGGGUGCGCUGGGGGACAUCUUGCGAGCCGGUAAUAUACCAAUCGUCACACUUGGUGAUGACGAGAAGCUCCAUCUGUCCUCCGCCGAAAUCGAUUCGAAUGACCCUACCUACUACGUGGCAAUAUCGCACGUCUGGUCCGACGGUCUCGGCAAUCCUCAAGACAACGCAAUGCCACUUUGCCAACUUCGCCGUAUACAGACACUCGUACAAGGUCUAUCGACGCUACAGAAUCCUGCGGAUUUACAGGAAGUGGAGGCCUCGGAUCUUCCUCUUACAGAUCAAGUGUAUCUCGCGGGCCUUUCGUUUUGGGCCUCACGCCUCUGGACAUUGCAAGAAGGAGCUUUGGGGAGUCAUGUGGACAUGCUAUUCAAGGACACCGUAUUUCCACUUGAUUCCGCCUGGAACGCAAAUUUGGCGAACGAAGAUGAAUGGGGUUUGGCGCGGGUUAACCCGGUUGAUUUCGACUACAUGCUGAGACUUAUCCGCGGCGACAAGACGGCUCAGGCUUCCAACAAUGAUCCUACCAGGUUCUCAUUGAGGUUUGCUGUAAUCGCAUUGUCCCGCAGAACCACGAGUUACCGCGAGGAUGAAGCCCUUUGUCUCGGUAGCCUGCUGGAGGCAGACAUGCAAGAAAUCACCCAAGCAGAACGCAAAGACCGCUUGAAGGCCCUAUGGCGCACUCUACCGUCGAUACCACGGGAGGUACUGUUCUUAAGAGAGGCGACUAUGGAGGAGCCGGGGUAUCGCUGGGCUCCAAGCACCUUGCUUGGUAUUCCUGACGCUGGCGACCGCGUGAUCCUCUCAAGUGAAGCUUUGAGUACCCUCUCAAACGCCCGAUAUUUCAAAUUCUUCGGAUUCGGGACCGGAAUAGUGGAGAACUGUACUCGUUGGUCAGGCAAGCACCGCUUCUGA